AUGGGCAGGCCCAUCACAACCACCAGCGCAAGAAUUCCUUACCCCCAAAACCCCACAGCCCCAUGGUCCAACGGGACAUCAACCACCUUUCCGCCCCUAGGAACCGGGACAGCAAUUAUACUCACAACCGGCACAGGAGUAAUCCUAACAACCGCUCCAUUCACGUACUUAACAACAACAACAACAGUAAUAACCAGCGCCCGCUUCCCCUUCCCCCUAAACACUACAGCCUUCUGGUCCAACGGAACCGCCACAACAUCAUCUACUAUCCUCGGCACCGGUACAGGUAUCGGCACGGGGAUAAUCAUCACCGGCACAGGUUAUUACAAAUCUACCCCUACAACCACAACAUCAGCCAAACCAACAGCAACAGCAACAGAAGACCUAACCUGCGGCGAAACCACCACUCCCUUCGCCCUUCGCGUCACCCAACCCGGCGGUACCUUUGACAAAUGGUUCGUCCACGUCGUUGGCAACGGGCUACUGUUUACUAGCAGUCAGAGCCAAGGAAGCGCGUUUAGUGUCGAGGGGACUGGGCAUUUGUGUGCGGUGGGAUAUGGUGAUUCAAAUGGGAAGCCGAGGAUUGCUGCUGUUGGUGUUGCUGGUGCCGGUGCCGGUACGGAGGAGGAUGAGACGCAUACUGAAAGUGGGGAGGCUGGUGAGGGACCGGUCUGGAUGUUGAGACAGGGCACCUUGAAGGCUUAUUGGGAGGAUUAUAAAGCUUUGGAGUGUACGAGGGAUGGAGGAGGGUUGAGUUGUGCCCCUGCUGCUAAUGGGACGAGUGCGGGUGCGGUUGCGGGCGCUGAUGGAGGAGGUGGGUGGGUUGGGUGUGGGUUGAUGUUGAGUUUGGGGAGGGAUGUUGAUGUUGGGUAUGGGGGGUUGAAUUGCUCGAGUAUUGCUUUAGAAGUUGUUGAGUCUUAG